GUAGCGUCUUUCAGUUUGUAUUGAUUUGUCAGAUUAAUUUUAAAAAUGGCGGCGCAAGGUUUACCUUCCAAAAUGAAGGAAUUACGUUUACCUAUUUCAAGAGUAAAAACUAUAAUGAAAAGUUCACCUUAUGUCGAUACAGUUGGACAAGACGGAUUGUAUUUAGUUACAAAAGCUACGGAAUUGUUUAUUCACUAUCUAACAGAAGAAGCUCAUAUGCAAAAUAAUAAAGGGAAUAAUUUAGAUUACAAGCAUUUAGCAGAAGUUGUACAAACAAAUGAUACACUGGAAUUUUUACGAGAAAUAAUGCCACGAAAAAUUACCGUAAGGCAAUUCAAGGAGAUGAUGGCAGCUAAAUCAUCGAAUAGUAGUUCUUCUGAAAGUAGCUCAGACUCGGAUAGUGAUAGCGAGUCUGAUACUGACUCUUGUUCUAAUAGCGACAAUAAAGAAGAUAAUGAGAUGUCAGGUAGUGAACAUGAAACAGAAGCACAAGAAAAUGGUAAAUGUAGUUUCAGUGAUAAAAGUGAGGCUAGUGGUAAAAGUGACAGCGAAGAGGAAUCUAAGAGGUAGAAAUAAGAAAAUAGGAUAAAAUCCUAUUAUAUUCAUAGGUUAUCCUUGAUAAGUAUUUUAGAAGAUAUUUAGUCUGCAAUUUUAUUUUUAAGACAUUUUAUUAAAGACGUCAAGUUAUGUCUAUAUGAUUCUUAUUAAUUGAUAUGGAUCAUAUUAUCGUAAUAAUGAAUGACCAAAAAUAUAAAAAUUUAGUCAAAAUUAAGAAUAACAAAGGAUAUAAAAUUAAUUGUAUUUUUACUUGAAUAUUGUUAAUUUAACUACUUUUAGAGCAAAAAUUUCUUUUAAAAGAAAUACAUUUUUAAAUCUUUAUAUUUCAUAUAUUUUUCAAUAAAGUUGUCAUUUUUAAUUUGUGUGUAUUUAUAGUACAAUAGUGUCUUUUGUAAUGCACAUAUGUAUUUAUUUAAAAGAAUUAAUUUUUAUAAUAAAAUAAAAGAAAAAAGUAAUAUACAAUUUGAUCACCUACAUACAUAUAUACAUACAUACAUACACACAUAUAUAUAUAUAUGUAUAUAUAUAUAUAUUAUAAUGCAUUAGUACUAUUGUAAACAACUUAGAGGUAUAAAGAAUUUGUAAAUGCCAUAUCAAUUUUUUAGUAAUAACAAGCAUUUUGAUUUAUGAUUUUUAGAUUCACAUUUAUAAGAUGAUAUAAAAUAUUCUUGUCUGAUUUACAUUUUAUUCUUGAUGUAAUUUUGUAGGUUUAGGUGUUGAAAAUACAUCAUAACAAUCUUCAUUUAACUUAAUAGCCAGAAAAUAGAUUUCAGCCAAA